AUGUUCAUAGUAUACGGAGAUAAGAGGACCUCGAUCAAAGUAUACGGGUUUCUAUGGAAACAGAAUAACAAAAUGGCUACCCAAACAGCGAAGAUGGAAGAUCUCUCUGAUAUGGACGAUUACUCACUGCUAGACCUCCUAGAGCAGACACAGAAGUCGAACGAAACGAUGUCAAAGGAAAUCAAUAUGUUUGAAAAAUUCCUAAAGCAACUCGGCGAUUCAAAAGAUGUUCAGUCGAAAGCUGGCAUUCCCACUAUGCCCUCCUCACAGGUGGAUAUGAGGGCUCAGAGGAAGAAGGGGAAAACUAACAAGGGAGGUGGGACCUCAAUCGAUAAAACCCUUAAGUUGACAGUGGAGCAGAAGUGUGACAUUGCCACUCGAGAGUUGGAGGAAUUACGAGACGAGCAACAAAGAGCAAAAGAAGAUUAUGAGAGAGCGUGGGACAACCACAAGGCAAUCGUUGACGAGGCGGAGAUACGAACCACAGAGAUCAAGAAAUCCUGGUACGAGUUUGAUCGAGAUAUUGUGAAGGGUGCUCUCAACCAGAGAACUGGCAAGAUAAAGGGGGAGAAGGUCGUGAAGUAUUUUGAUGAGAGAAUAAAAGCCAAAGAUGCUUUGAUUGAGAAGCUUCGUCUCAAGAACGCGACGCUACGAGUGAAAAAGCGUAAAUUGGGUGGUCAUUUGAAAGUCAAGGAAGAGGCGGGAGAGGUGCGGAGCGAGGUGGACUUUGAACAGCUUAAAAUCGAGAACAAACAAUUUAGUGGGAAAUUUGACGAGAAGAAUGAAGAACUGCUCAAACUAAAACUGAGUGCUGGGAAUACUCUACAGAUUCUCAACUCAUACAAGAAGAAGCUGCAUGCUUUGAGUGCGGAGUGUGGCCAGCUAGACUCUGAGAUUAGUCAGCGAACAGACUUGCUGCAGAGGGUACAGACUGAAACCACCACUGUCAAUAACGAGAAAUCCACAGCAGAGGAAGUAAAUGCUGAGGCUAGGAAAAAACUGGAAGACUUUAAAGUACCUGACGUAAUGGAGUAUGUUCAGGAGCGGUCCAGUCUCUAUGAGCUGAGUAAGAAGGUCAGGGCGUGGGAGAGAAAGGUCGAGAUUGCUGAGAUGGCCCUCCGCUCAUACAAACAGACGUGGGCACGUAUGAGUCAUCAACACACAGAGAGACUGCACCAGCAGAGAGCACCCACCCACCCUCCCAGACUACACUAAGCUACCAUGUGGAACUCAUUAAAUUAUCAAUUGUAUUUUGUGAACACAUUGUUAUUAUAAUUAUGACCAUGAUUUAUUGUUGUGAAA